UAUCCAAGAUGGCGGCGUUCUUGGCAGUUCCGUUGAAAAAGACCUAUGAUGUUGAUCUUGUAAAACCUCUCAGAAGUUUCAUUCAAAACACCUUUUCGUCUGCUGAACCCGACGACUACAACCAUGCCCUCAGCGAGUUCAACAAACUUCGAAAUUUGAUGAUAAAUAAAUCUGUAGACAAACACGAAUCAGCGUUAGAAGUGCUGUACCGGUACUAUGACCAAGUUGCUACUAUUGAGAGCAAGCUCCCUAUCACAGAAAACCAGAUCCGUGUGCAGUUCAAAUGGAGAGAUGCCUUUGAUGAAGGAGGCUUCCUGGCUGGGAAAAGAACACUUGCUAUUGCCUCUGGGUUGUAUGAGAAGGUCUGCAUGUUGUUCAACAUUGCUGCUCUCCAAACACAAAUUGCUUCAGUACAGAAUCAGGACAGUGACGAUGGACUUAAAACCUGUGCCAAACUAUUUCAGCAAUCAAGUGGAAUAUUUGCCCACAUGAAGGACAUUGUGUUGUCACAUGUGCAGCAAGACCCGACCCCUGACCUUAACCCCGACACUCUGGGAGCACUCAGUGCUCUCAUGUUAGCCAAGGCUCAAGAGGCUAUAUACAGGAAAGCUACAUCAGGUAUGUUGGAUGUGCAGAGAGUGUGCAAUAUUAAAUCUGAAAGGGUCUUUUUCAGCAUAGCCUACAGAUAUAUAUAUACCCCAGGUACAUUUCUGUAUCCGGAAACAUACCCUAAACGAAUUGUUGAGUGGAUCCAGUGUGUAGUGAUGAAGCAGGCAGCCUUCCAUGGCAUGGCAGAGUUCUACCAGAGCAAUGUGGCCAAAGCAAACAAGAGCUAUGGAGAACAAAUUGCCAGGCUAAAGCAUGCCCAAGAGCUGUUGAAUGCUGCUCAGACUCGCGGCGGCCAGACGUUCUGCUUCAGAAAUGAGCAGGGGAAGGUGCAGCGGGAAAUGGAGGAGGCAGUGAAGGACAACAACUUCAUCUACCAUGACAAAGUGCCCGACAUGAAGACUCUCCCUAUCAUUGGCAAGGCUGCUGUGGCCAAACCCUCACCUGUUGCACAGAGAUUCUCCACCAACUUCACAGACCUCUUUGAGAAAUUAGUGCCUUUAGCUGUACAUGAUGCCAUGACAGCAUUUGAGAACAGAAAGGCCCAGAUUGUCAACAUGGAGAUAGGGAGGUUGCGAGAAGCUACAAAUCUCAUGAAUGGGAUACUUCUGCAAAGCAGGACCUUCAAACUUGCCUCUGUCUCUGUCUCGCGUUCUCCAGACCAGUUAUCUCGGCAACCUGGCUUAUCUGUUUCGGACAAGAAUCAGAUGAUUCUGGCUGACUACGCAGAAAGCAUGCCAGAGGCCGUUCUCGGCUCUUGUCAUUCAUCCAGUAGUGAGAGGAACCAGUCUACCUCGCGCUUAAUGCCUGUCAGUGGUUACUUCACCGCCUCCUUCCCAUUCUUCCCAUUAGACUGGCUCUCUGAAACAGCCUUUGCCAAACCGGUCUUCAUCGAAAAACACCGGUCCAAGCUUCAGCAUUCUCCAGAUCGAUCGUCUGCUAAACAGCCUUCACCUAAUCGUGCUUCUUCGAAACAACGUCUCGCCCGACGGAAGACCUCACCGAGACAGCAUGUGAAAUCGGGGCCUGGUGUUCCACCUGAUCCUGCGUCUCCAGCACAUUCGGUUGUGGAUUCCCCAGAGGAAAGUUUGGACUUUGUCGAUGAACCUCAAGGUUUAGCUUGGAUAGUUGAGAAACUCCACCUCCCUAUGUCACAGAACCCGGAGGAUUUUCGUGGAAUUACUGAAACUCCAGAAAUCUCAUCUGCAAGUUUCCAUGAUACAGAGAAGGCCUCCACGGUUUAUGCCCGUCUCAUCGAGAAACUGCGUCAUGGUUUUCUUGACAGUGCAUCCGUACAUCGCAGCUACCGGGCGGACCAGUUCCAUCUUCACUCCACCAUAGUGGUGGCUUGUACAACAGAACGUUUGCGCCGGAGUUUGUUUGAUGCCGUUCAUUCCAACGCACACCACUUGUUCGAUCGACACGCACUCAAAGGUCAAAGGUUGGGGGCUCACUUUCUUCACCAUCAGACAGGCGGGUUGUGGUCAUCCGCCAGAACGGAUUUGUACAUCAACUCAAGUUCAUGGCGGUUCUUCUUGCCAUUCGACAUUUCGCGGACAGAACUUCGGGGUCCUCCUGCUGAUUCAGACAGACAACUCCACAGUCUUCUGGUACAUCAACCAUCUCAGGAUCUGACAGGUUCGGGCGAACCUUCUUCAGUUGGUGUUUCAGUUCUUCCAUCUGAGCGACUCCCUUUCGCCAUAGAUGCUCGAGCCAGACACAUUCCCAGAGUCAGGAAUGUAAUCGCAGAUGCGCUGUCCCUAACGAUCAGCCGCUCUCCCACGGAGUGGCAAUUGAACCACAGAUCUUUCGGGAACUGGUCUUCACAUUAUCAAGGUCCCAAGUCAACCUAUUCGCCACGCGGUUCAACCAUCAGCUCCCGCAGUUUGUCUCACGAUACCAGACCAACUAGCAUGGGAUCUCAAUGCUCUGGCGAUUUCGUGGGAGGUGCUCAACGCUACGCCUUUUCCCCUCGGCUCUUCUACCCAGAGUCAUCCAGAAACUCCGGCGACCAGGCAGAUUCUACUGCGUUUGGUCGCGCCUUACCGUCCAGUCAGGAGUUGGCAGAGCUUGAGGCCUCCCUCCCAGCAGGCAGUGGUGGCAGUGGCUUACAAACCAGCCCUCCGGUGAAGGAGCUACGGUCACUCAUGCAGCAGGUGGAGACAAUCAAAGCUGAGAGAGAAGCCAUUGAAAGCAGCAUCAAGGAUGCCAGCUUUGACAUAGUGUCGUCCUUCAUGUCGGCCCUGGCUAGUGAUGGUCUGGUGAAUGAAGAGAAUAUCUCAGUAGCGGAACUUGACCGUGUGUACGGCCCACUGCGGGAACAGGUGUCAGACAGCAUCCACAGACAGGAGAACCUGCAGGCCAGGAUACAGAACGCCAACACAGACUUCAGCAAUGCCCGGUCCUCCAACCAGUCAGCUACUGCCAGGGAAGCCAAACUGAAGGAGCUCCAGGCUGCAUACAACAUAAACACUGAACUCAAGGGUAACCUGGAGGAGGGAACAAAGCUUUACUGUGAAGUAUAUGUGUGUGCCUGA